AUGGCUGGUUUUGUCUUGACGCAGUCCUUCUUUCCACAGGGAAGUUCUGAACUAUCCUCUGGGGAAAAGGCCUCUGCAACUGCACCCCAUGAGACGCCAGGGAGUGCUGAAAGCCCCCUAGAUGCGAUUUGCCUCAGUGAAUCUGAUAAGAUGGCAGUUCUGACUCUGAUCAGAGACGAGAUCAUCUCCAAAGAGAUUGAAGCAAACGAUUGGAAGUGGAAAUAUGAAGGAAGCCGGCAAGAGGUUCUGGAAAUGAGGAAGAUUGUGGCUGAAUACGAGAAGACCAUUGCCCAGAUGAUAGAGGAUGAACAGAGGACAAACAUGGCAUCCCAGAAGAGUCUUCAGCAACUGACGAUGGAGAAGGAGCAGGCUCUGUCUGACCUGAAUUCUGUGGAACGGUCCCUUUCCGACCUGUUCAGGAGAUAUGAGAACCUGAAGGGGAUCCUGGAAGGCUUUAAGAAGAAUGAGGAUGCGUUGAAGAAGUGUGCUCAGGAUUAUCUCACUCGGGUCAAGCAAGAAGAGCAGCGGUACCAGGCCUUGAAAAUCCAUGCUGAAGAGAAGUUGGACAAAGCCAAUGAAGAAAUUGCUCAGGUGCGCAACAAGGCCAAAGCGGAGAGUGCAGCUCUUCACGCUGGGCUCCGAAAAGAACAAAUGAAGGUGGAGUCUUUGGAGAGGGCCUCCAGCAAAAGGUGA